CUGGCUUUGACCCUUCAACCUUCGUCUCUACCCAUGAGCAAUUACUGGAUGUUGUUGGCAAGCCAGGAGAGCUUCAACUCGCGCUCCCUGGCCCUGCAGGCCCAAAAGAAGAUCCUGAGCAAGAUGGCGACCAUGGUGGUGGCCAACAUGCUGACAGACGACACCAGCAGUGAGAUCCUGGACGAGCUGUACAAGGCCAGCCGGGAGUUCACCAAAAGCAAGAAGGAGGCGCACAAAAUCAUCAAAGAUGUCAUCAAGAUCGCCCUAAAGAUCGGCAUCCUCUACCGCAACCACCAGUUCAGCCCCGAUGAGCUGGACACGGUGGAGCGGUUCAAAAAGAAGAUGAACCAGGCGGCCAUGACGGCGGUCAGUUUCUACGAGGUGGAGUACACCUUUGACAGGAAUAUUCUGUCGGAGCUGCUGCUGGAGUGCAGGGACCUGCUUCACACCCUGGUUGAGCAGCACCUGACGGCACGCUCGCACGCGCGCAUCGACCACGUCUUCAACCAUUUUGCCCACGGCGAGUUCCUGGCUGAGCUGUACGGCGACGCAGAGGAGUACAGACUCUCUCUGAGGAAGAUUUGCCAUGGCAUCAACAAACUGCUGGACGAGGGAACACUUUAACCUUUUAUCAGCUGAUCCCUUUCACCUCUACACUGCCAAAAAUCUGCAUCUUAACAAGUCAUUUAGUCUUAUUUUUAGUGUUAAAAGAUUGAUUUUCUUAAAAUAAGAGGGAAAACAAUCUACCAGUAGGAUGAGAUAACCCUCCCCCACCACCACCAUAUUUCCAGUGCUAAUGUUUCCAUAAUUUUCUGAAAUCAAGUGUUAUUUCCUAGAUGCUAGAGGGCUGAUCUGCCUUGUUAUGCCUUUAAACAAAUGAAACUGCAUUGAAAAUAAGUGGGAUUAUCUCAUCCCAGUGGCAGAUUUCUCACUUGCUUUAAGAGAAAUAAGAUUUUAAGGCUGAAUAUGAAAGUAAAUCACUUGAUGAGAUGGAGAUUUUUUUUUUUUUUUUUUUUUUUUUUACUGCGUAUCUCAGCUUCCUCAUUGUUUUCACGGCCUUCACCCUCCUGCUCCCUCUCUUGUUGCUGUCUCCUGCCUAGCUGUAUUCUGCUUUCAGUCGUGCUGCUCACUCCUCACCACUGGUAUCGUCUCUCUUCUUUUCACUCUCAUCCUCUUAUUUCUUCUGCGUCCAUUUGAUCAUGGAGCCAGCUGUGUCGUCCUGCUGCUGUGGUUCUGUGAGGGGACUUAGCACUCUUUCUUCCCACUCAGUGGUUCAUUGCUGCACGUUGGGACAUCCUGCAUCACGUCACAUCAUUAUGCAUUAAAGCAUUCCAAGUCCUUCCCUUUGUGUACAAAGGUAUACUGUACCAAUGGCCAAAAAAAAACCCAAAACAAAACAUAGGGAUAUUUGGAUAUGGAAGAUAAUCUGUAGUGCUUUCUCAAUCUGCAAAGCCAAUUUCUGUGAUUUCCAGUCAGUUAUGUUGUUUAUUUUUCUGUGCAUGAAGCUUAAGGGUUAAAUUACAUAAAUAUGCUGUAAUGUAAUUUUCUCCCUUAUUAUCACCUAAUGUGAGUGUCAUAAUGUCAUACAAAUGCAGUGUUUAUGAUCAGACCAAACCAAUCAAAGUCUACAGUCAUGAUUUCCUGCCAAAUGUGUAAAUGUAGGGUCUCUCUGCACUGUUUAAUGCCUUUAUGACAGCUCUGUUUCCUUGGUGUUGUGGGUUCCAGAUAACUAAAUUUUACCUUUGCACGAAACCACAGAUGAAGUAUGGUUUAGUACAGUUCCUUAAAGCCAUACCAGGGACAUUGCUAUGUCACUUCAAGAUAAACUAUGACGAUUCAACAGAUAUUUUACAUUAACUACGGCAGCUUCUCUGAAUUACAGCUGCAUUAAAAAUCCAGCAUAAAUAGUGUGUCCUCUGGAAUGGCCUUGAAGGGUUUUGCAGUGUGUGUGCGUGUGCGUGUGUGUGUGUGUGUCACUGUCUUUCUGUGAGGGUGUGCAUGUAUGCGUGCGUGUGUAUGUACACAAGUUUGUAUGGGAUCUGCUUGAAUCACGUUUGUACAUAACACAAACUCUGACACAGUGUGUGCGUGUGUGUGUGUUUCAUGUAUUUGUGUCUACCUUCUCUACAAGG